UCUCUAACAUAUUUUUAAUAUAACAUUUAUUAAAAUACAUUAUAUAGUAUAAAUAAUCUACCUCUUUGCGCAUUGCGCGAGUCUCACUCUAAUUUUCAGGUAAUAAUCAAUCAAGGCAUUAAGCUGGAUUUGAUCACAUACAAUGUGCUAAUCAAUGGCUUUUGCAAGAUCUGCGAUUUAAAGGAAGUUAGGAAACUUGUGGAUGAGAUGAGUGAGAGAGGUUUAAAAUAUGACAAAAUCAUGUUCAUAACACUAAUAGAUGGAUGUUGCAAAGAUGGGGGACAUGAAAUUUGUAUCGUAGAUCCAGAAGAAAAUGAUUGAAAGGGAUUGAACUUGAUGAGGUAGCUUUUACUAACCUCAUAUUAGGAGUUUGUAGAGAAAAAGAAAGAGAAGGAGGAGCAAGGAACUGAGGUUGCCGCCAACCAAGGCCAGCAACCAGUGCAGCAAAUAUAAUAACUUGUUGAAUUUUAGGGAUAUUUGUCCUACUUUAUGUGUCUAUGUUUAAAUUAGUUAGGAGUUUAAGUUUCUCCUAAAAAUUUUUUUAGGAGUUUAAUUGUCCUAUUUUACUACAGCGUAUUGCUGACACAGCAAGGAACGUUUUGUUCCUUGGAAUAGUUUGUUGACACAUUAUCAGCUAAUGUGACACGUAGGCAAAAUCCGUUAGCUCUAGACGGAGACAUUAACGGAGGGAGUAAAAUGUUUGAUGGAGUUAAUUGUUAGGGGUCGCAAUAUCAUUUUCCAAUCGAUGAGGGUCGGGAUGAGAUUUAGCGAAAUAGUUAGGAGCCGGAGUGAAGUUUUACUCUAAAAAAAUCAUCCAAAACUUAAGAAAAAACAUCUAAAUGAUAUAAAAAAGACACAUCCGAAAUCAAGGAGACAGAAACAUCCUAAACUAGAAAAAAGAACAAAACAAGACAUUUAACAUUAUUGAAAAAAGAACGUCUGAAAGCUAAGAAAUUUUUUUUAAAAUUAUUUAAAAAAUAUUCCAAAAUUAAAAAAAAAAACAUAAAAAUUAUAUAUAAAAGACACACCCAAGACCUGAGUGACAAAAACAUCCUAAAUUAGAAAAAAAAAAUCAUCCAACACCUACAAGAAGAAGAAGAAGUAUCACGUGUGGCAUAAUCGCUGUAGUCUCUCGUGCGUCGUCAACUGUGGAGGACGCACUGCUUCUGCCGUGGCACGACGGCUGCUCCGAGUGGAGGAGAUAGCAAAUGGCGUCGCAGUGAGAGAAGGAGUUGCUGGGGUGCGUGGCGUCGUGUGGCAUCGUGUUUUCUGGAGCGCAAUAUUGAGGGACACAACGUCGUAUUUUUGGAGGAAAAAACUAUUUUUGAAAUUUAAUACUAGAUUUUUAAAAAAAUUAGCUGCUAGCUAACCAAAUUGACUUACCUACUUUUUCUCUUAAACAAACUGUGAUUAUGUAGUUUUGAUAAUUUAACUGUGGGAAUUGUUUCCUUUACUUCUUUUUAAUUGAUUGAAUUAAAAUGAUGACAUAGACCGUAAGUGAUGACUCAAAAAUAAAAAUAAAACUCAACAUCAAAUGCUAUCUAUGAUCAAGAAGCAACUAAAGAAAGAGAAGUUUUUUCUUUUUUUUUAAAAAAAAAAAAGAUAAGAUAAAAUGAGUUGUUAAAAGUGUUACUCUACCAACUUUAUGGGGACAGCAACUUCUGUGAUUUUAGCCAUCAAAUAGCCAUCAAUAAUUAUUUUAAUGGUGGGAGAUUUCAUCCAAUGGCUCACUUUUCUUUACUGAUUACAUGCUGGCCAUAAUUUAAUAAAGUUGCUGUUAGGAGAAGUUUGAACUCUUGAAUCAAAAGGAUCAAUGGAUAUUCUCAUUUCAGUUGCUGCAAAAAUAGCUGAGUACACUGUAGCACCUAUUGGAAGGCAAGUUGGUUAUCUAAUUUUCUACAAAGCCAAAUUUAAAGAGCUAAGGGACCGUGUCAGUGAUCUUGAAUACAAAAGAGACGAAAUCAAGCAACGUGUUGAAGAAGAAAGAAGGAAUGGGAAAACAACUUCUGAUGUUGUGCAGAAUUGGUUGAAGAAUGUGGAUGAAGCCAUUGGAGACGUAACUCAACUUCAAAAUGAUCCUAGUCAUGCAAAGGCUGGAUGUUCUAGGUGGUCAUUUCCUAAUGUGGUGACACGCCAUCAACUCAGUAGAAAAGCUACAAAAGUUGCCAAAAAAGUUGUUGAAGUACGGGGAGAAGGGGACUUUUCCCAGGUAGCUUACCGUCCUAAACUUGAUGCAGUGUCAGCAUUUACUACAAGGAGUAGUCAAAACUUGGAGUCAAGGAAACUAAUUAUGGAGAAUAUCAUGCAUGCUCUAAGAGACCCCAAAGUAAGCAUGGUUGGAGUCUACGGGCUUGGUGGUGUUGGUAAGACCACUCUCGUUGAAGAAGUUUAUCAAAUAGCUAAGGAAAACCAGUUGUUUGAUGAGGUGGUUAUGGCCACCAUUUCCAAAACACCAGACAUCAAAACCGUUCAAGAGGAGAUUGCUGAUCAGUUGGGUCUUCGUUUUGAAGAGGUAACUGUUGCUGGUAGAGCACCUCGCCUAUACGAGAGAAUCAAAAAGGAGAAAACCAUCCUUCUCAUACUGGAUGAUCUUUGGGAAGCCCUUGACUUGAAGAAAGUAGGCAUUUCCUCUGAUGGUGAACAUAAUGGCUGCAAAUUAUUGAUGACUUCUAGAACCUUAGAUUUGCUACGACAGAUGGGAGUCAAAGAACAUUUUAGACUAGAAGUUUUAAAUGAAGAAGAAUCGUGGAGCUUGUUCCAAUCUAGGGCUAAUAAUUUAGACAAAGAACCCGACAAGCAUCAAAUUGCAUUCCAGGUGGCAAAAAAGUGUGCAGGAUUGCCUAUUCUCAUAGUUACUAUGGCGCGCUCAUUGAUAGAUCAAAACAUUCAUGCGUGGAAAGAUGCUUUGAGCCAAUUAGAAAAGGUUGAUAAUGAAGAGUUGCAGGAGAUAACUUAUUCAGCUUUGGAGUUAAGUUACAAAAGGCUAAAAGGCAAUGAAAUGAAAGCUUUUUUCUUGCUCUGUGCAACAAUUGGUAAAAAGCCUUUUGUUGAUGACCUAUUCAAAUAUGGAAUGGGUCUAGGUAUAUUCAACAGAACAAAUACAAUGGAAGGUGCCAGAAAUAGGCUUCACAACAUGAUAAGUGCAUUAAAGGCAUCUUGUUUGUUGUUAGAAGAUGACAAAAGCACAACAAGGGUCAAAAUGCAUGAUGAUGUUCGUGAAGUGGCUAUCUCCAUCGCUUAUAGGGAUUAUCACAUAUUAGCCAAGUACGGAGAUAAGUUGAGGGAAUUUCCCAAAAUGGAUAUUCUUAGCAACUGCUCCCAGAUCAUUCUGCACAAUGGUGGUUUUCGCCAGCUUCCUGAAAAGUUAGAUGGUCAUAAUCUAAAAUUUUUCCACUUGCGUCAUUUUGACCUAUCUCUGGAAAUCCCUAAUUUCUUUUUUGCGGAAACAAAAUUCCUUCAAGUUUUAGAUUUAACAGGCUUGAACUUGACUUCACUGCCCACUUCUUUUCUUUUCUUAACUAAUCUUAAAACUUUGUGUUUGGAUCAUUGUGUUCUGGAAAGUAUUGAUGCAGUAGGAGCUUUAAAAAAUUUAGAAAUACUGAGUCUCUUAAAGUCAUCGAUGAUAAAACUUUCAAGCGAAAUAGGAAAAUUGAGUCAUUUAAGAAUGCUCGAUUUGAGUCAUUCAGGGAUUGAAAUCAUCCCAGCAGGCGUCAUAUCAAGCUUGAUCAAAUUGGAGGAGUUGUACAUGGGCAAUACCUCCAUUAAGUGGAAGAUUGAGAAUUCAGACAAUCAAGAUGAAAAUGCCAGCCUUGAUGAACUUCGUCAGUUGUCAAACCUAACAACUCUAGAGCUACAGAUACAAGAGGCAUGGAUGUUGCCAAGAGACUUGAUGUUUGAUAAAUUAGAAAGGUUCAAAAUUGUUAUUGGAGACGUUUGGGAAUGGGCUGAUAUUGACGACGUCACAUUGAAAACAUUGAAGCUCAAGCUUGGCACCAAUAUUCACUUGGAGCAUGGGAUCAAAGGAUUGAUCAGAAGAGCAGAGAAUUUGUAUUUGGAUGAAGUUGAAGGCAUUUCGAAUGUACUCUAUCAAUUGAAUGGGGAUGGAUUUCCUCAACUGAAGCACCUCCACAUCCAAAAUAAUGCCUUAAUUCAGCACAUCAUUGAUUUUACAGAGAGGUCUCAUAUUCCAACCCCAUUUCCAAACCUGGAAAAACUGGUGAUUCAGAAUCUUGGUAAGAUGGAGAAAAUUUGUCAUGGGCCACUUGCAGUUGGUUUCUUCUCCAAGCUCCGAGCCAUCAAAGUUGAAAAAUGUAAUAAAGUAAAAUAUCUUCUCUCUGUAUCCAUGCUUAAAGGGAUGCCUCAGCUUGCAGAGUUGGAAAUUUCUGAAUGCAAUCUUAUGGAAAAGGUAGUGUUUGAAGAUGAUGAUGCAAGUGCAAUGAAUGACGAAACUGGCGAAACCAUUCAGUUUCCAUUGCUCCAUUCUCUGACUCUACAACAUUUGGAUGCGCUUGAAUGCUUCUAUUCUCAUCAGCCAACAUCUUCCCCAAUAUCCCUUUUCAAUAAUCAAGUUGUAUUUCUUAAUUUGGACACACUCAAGUUGAGCUCGCUCAAUUUGAACAAAAUUUGGAAGGAUAAUCGACACUAUUUUUGCAAAUUAAGAAAUUUGAUUGUUGAGAAUUGUGAUGGUCUAAAGUAUUUGUUCUCAUCUGCCAUGGUGGAGAGUUUUUCCAACCUCAUAAAGCUUGAAAUAAGUGAAUGCCAUCUAAUGGAAGAGAUAAUAGCUGUAGAAGAUAGUGACAACAAUAUUGUCACACUAGAAGAGGUUCGAUUUUUCAAAUUGCAAACAAUUAUCUUGAAGAAUAUGAAGAGCUUGAAGAAAAUAUGGCACAAAGAAUUUUCUAAAGUAAAGACUUUACAAGUAAAAAAUUGUGAGAAAAUUAGAGCAAUUUUUUCUUCUUCAAUGCAAAAGGUAUAUAAUGAUCUUGAGACAUUAAUGGUUACUGACUGUGCUUCGGUAGAAGAGAUAUUUCAACUGAGUUCUGAUGAAAAUUAUAGUACAGAACAAACACAGCUGAAAAAAAUUACUCUAAAAGGAUUGUCGAAGUUAAAACAAAUAUGGAGCAAGGAUCCUGAAAAAGCUCUUAAUUUUUGCAAUCUAGAGGAAAUAAGUGUAGAGAUUUGCAAAGACUUGGAAUUUGUAUUUCCAUGUUCAGUAGCCACAAGUUGCUCACAUCUUAAAGAAUUUACAAUUAAAUGGUGUGAAAACAUGAAGGAAAUUAUUGCAUUCAAGGAAGAACCCAUGUUCUCAUCUAUUUCCUUUGAGUUUAACCAUUUAAAUACUUUGGUGCUUUGGGACUUGCAUAAGCUCAAAGGGUUCUAUGCACGAAAUUACACAUUAUCAUGUCCAUCUUUGAGAAAAUUAGAUAUUACUGGAUGUGUGAAGUUAAAUUUGUACAUAACUCUUUCUACAAGUAGUCAUCAAAAGCUUUCAGAUGAAGAGUAUAUUAUUUCAACACAGCAACAUUUGGUAGCUGAACAGGUAAUGCCUAAUUUAGAGCACUUGAGAAUAGAUGAAAAGGAUGCUGCCAACAUAUUGCAAAUUCAAAAUAUAGGUUCCUUCUUCAACAAAAUAUCAUUUCUUGGUCUAUCCAAUUACAAGACCGAAGGUUCUGCUUUUCCUGAUCAGGUUCUGCAGAAUAUAUGCAGUUUGAAACGGCUAGUUGUUGAGCUGAGUUCCUUUAAGAAGAUAUUUCAAGAUAAAAGGCUUACAAAUGAAAAAAAUUGUGAAAAGCUCCAAAAGUUAAUUCUGAAUCAGUUACCAAAUCUUCAAUAUAUAUGUGAAGAAGGACUGCAAAUUGACCCAGUUCUCGAGCUUGUUGAAUAUUUAUAUGUUAUUGGAUGCUCAAGUUUGAUAAACAUUGUUCCUUCCUCUGUUACCUUCUGCCAUUUGACCUAUCUUGAGGUAGCAAAUUGCAAUAGCAUGAUAAAUUUAGUUUCUCCUCAUACAGCAAGAAGUCUGGCCAGGCUCACCGUAAUGAAGGUAAAACAAUGUGAUUCACUUGAGGAAAUAUUGUCCAAAGAAGGAGAGGAGAUAACAAAUGACAUUGCAUUUUUCUCUUUGGAAAUUUUGGAGUUGGAUACUUUACCAAGACUCGGUAGGUUUUGCUCACAAAAGUGCUUCCUAAGGUUCCCAUUGUUGAGGAAAGUAGUGGUCAGAGAAUGUGCUCGCAUGAAGUACUUUUCUGAAGGAGACAGGGUGAGCACACCAAAGCUUCGAAAAGUGCUAACAGCAGAGAAUAGUAAAGAAUUUUAUUGGAAGGGUGACUUGAAUGGAACCAUAAAAAACAUGUUUGAAGAUAAGGUGUGUUUUCGUAGUUUCGAGAAUUUGAAUCUAGCAAAAUAUCUUGAGCUAAAAGAGUUAUGGUAUGACCGACUUCAGAACAAUAUAUUUAGCAAAUUGAAGAAGCUAUUAGUUCACAAGUGUGACUUUUUAUCCGAUGUGUUAUUUUCUCCAAAUAUAAUUGGUCUGCUUGUGAAUUUGGAAGAGUUAGAUGUAAAAAACUGUAAUUCUCUAGUAGCUGUGUUUCAUAUCUCAACAUUUUCUGAAGAAAUUGAGACGAGGAAAUGUUCUUUCUUGAGAAAGUUGACUCUUUCCAGUCUUCCAAAUUUGAAGCAUAUUUGGAAGGAAGAUCCUAACACAACUCUGAGCUUUCAGAAUCUAUGUGAAGUCUCUGUUGUAGAUUGCCCAUGUUUGAAAAGUCUCUUUCCAUUCUCUGUAGCUACAAAUAUGGCUCAACUUGAAGAUCUUGAAGUAUUAAAUUGUGGGAUUGUGGAAGUAGUUGAUAAUCAAAGAUGGCCAAGAGAGAUGAUUAAAUUUGUGUUUCCUCAUUUAAGGAAACUAUGCCUAAGAAAUAUGCUUAAUCUGAGGACAUUCGUUUCUGGCAUCUAUUUUAUUCAAUGUAAAUCUUUAAAACAUUUAGAUGUGUUCGACUGUCCAAGACUGAAGUUAUUUCAGACUACAUAUCCCAGUUGCCAAGAAAGAGCUAUGAAUGACAAAAUUUCUGUUCCAACACAUCAACCUCUUCUUAAGGUUGAAGAGGUACUUGGGAAUUUGAAAGUUUUGGGAGUAAACAAUAAUAAUGUUGAGGAUAUAAUGCAAAGCAUGUAUUCACAAGACCAAUACGACAAACUUGAACAUCUGAGUGUGUCUUUAUUUGAAAGUGAAGGCACCACAUUUCCAUAUUGGUUUUUGGAAAAUGCGCAGAAUUUGGAAAAACUAAAUGUUGAAUGGAGUUCUUUUGUAGAGAUAUUUCAUGAUCAAAGCAUUGGUAUUGAGGAGGGACAAGUCACAAUUAGCACACGACUAAAGGACCUUACUCUAGCUCAGCUACAUGACCUUCGUCAUAUAUGUAAAGAAGGAUUUCAAAUUGACCCUGUUCUCCAACAUCUUGAACAGUUAGCUGUUGGCCAUUGUUCUAGUUUGGUAAACUUGGUGCCUUCUUCUGUUACCUUUGCUUACUUGAGACAUUUGAAGGUAGCAAACUGCAAUGGAAUGAUCAAUCUGAUAACAUGCUCAACAGCAAAGAGUCUUGUCAACCUCGCAACAAUGAAAAUUGAGUCAUGCAAUUUACUACAGGAUAUAAUGAAUGCAAAUGAAAAUGAGAAAGACAAAGAAAUUGCAUUCUCCAGCUUGGAGAAACUUGAACUUGUGUCUUUACCAAGGUUGCGUAGCUUUUGUUCAUGCAAAUGCUCCCUUCUCUUCCCACUGUUGGAGAAUGUAUUGGUGAAAGAAUGUCCUCGAAUGGAAAUUUUCUCUACAGGAGACACAAGCACACCAGAUCUUCAGCAAGUUCAAAUAGAAGAAAACAAUAAACAAAAUUUUUGGACAGGAGACUUGAAUGGAACAAUAAACAAGUUGUUUGAGGAUAAGGUAUCAUUUUGUAGAUUCAGACAUUUGACCUUGUCUGAUUAUCCAGAGUUGAGAGACUUUUGGUAUGACAAAGAAUACCAUAAUUUAUUUGGCAAUUUAAAAUCUCUAGUGGUGCAAAAAUGUGAGUUUUUGUCAGACGUUCUUUUUACGUCAAACACAAUACAAGUUCUACAUGGAUUAGAAGAACUGGAGGUACGGAAUUGUGAUUCAUUAAUAACACUGUUUGACGUGAAAGAAAUGAAGUCUAAUGGAGCAAUGGUGAAACGUGCUAGCAAAUUGAAAAAACUAACCUUGUCUAGCUUACCAAAAUUAAGGCACAUAUGGAAUGCAGACUCGUACCAAAUUGUGAGUUUUGAAAACUUGUGCACAGUGGAUGUUGUUGAGUGCAAAAGUCUGUUGUAUCUAUUUCCACCCUCAAUAUGCCUUGAUCUCCCAUAUAUUGAAAAGUUGAAUAUAGAGUCUUGUGGAGUUGAAGAAAUUGUUUCAAUGGAGAAAGAGUCAACUGAAAUCAACUUUAGCUUUCCUCACUUGAGUUUCUUGAGAUUUAUUCGACUGGAAAAACUCAAGAGUUUCUAUUUGGGAAGAUUUACUUUAGAGUGCCCUUCAUUAAAGACAUUAAAUGUAUAUCGCUGUGAGACACUACAAAUGUUUACCUUCAACCAUUCAAGUCUUCAACAGCAUCAUCAGAUAGAAGAAAUUAAUGAUUCGCCGCCUAUUCCUCAAGCACUCUUUUCUAUUGAAAAGCUAAGCGGCAACUCAUUGGAAGAAUUGGCACUAAAUGGCAAGGAUGCAAUGAUGAUGAUCAAUGGCCAUAUAAAAGAAGCUAAAUUUUUGAAAGUAGAAUUUCUUCGCAUGCAAUGCCUUUAUGACACACAACUUACUUGUUGGAAUGAUUUGCUUGAAAUAUUUCCCAAUGUAGUGACUCUUCAAGUAAGACAAAGUUCUAUGCAAAUAUUAUUUCCUAUUGAAGAAACUACUCAUUGCAGUCCAAGAAUUGCUCAGCAAGUGAGGGAAUUGUGGCUUUUUGAAAUGGAACAUCUCGAACAUAUUUGGCAUGAAGAAUUUCUAUCUGAUCAACUUGCCCCUCAAAAUCUUGAGGAUUUAACUGUUAUCGCUUGUCCUAAUAUGGCAAGCGUGGUGUCAUCUUCAGUGUCAUUCCAAAGUUUGAAACAGUUGUAUGUUGAAAACUGCAAAGGGAUGACUCAUUUGAUAACAUCCUCCAUUGCUAAAAGUUUAAUGCAACUAGAAAAGUUGACAGUAAUAAAUUGUGAGAUGAUAAAGGAUGUUGUGAAUGUUGAUGAAGAAGAAGCAGAGGAAGAUAUCAUAUUUGAGAACUUGGAAUACUUACAACUCUCUACUCUAAUUAGUUUGAGAAGCUUUUGCUAUGGGAAACAUGCACUCAUAUUCCCAUCUUUGAUAUCGUUCAUUGUCGAAGCAUGUCCUCAAAUGGAGGUUUUCUCACCAGGAUCCAUUAUAGCACCAUUUCUGAGGACAGUUGAAGUGGAAAAUCAAAGAAAGCGGUGGAAAGGUGAUCUUAAUACUACUAUUGAACAAUUAUUCAAAGAAAAUCAGGUUGAGCAGUCUUUGUGUCUUGACUGUAUGAGUGUAUUGUCUGAAAAGCUUCUUGAUAAGGAGAUUGAAGAUGUUAACAGGGAUAUUGAAGCAUAUGCUUCCUGUUUUAAAUUUUUUGUGGGAAAAGCUAGAGAUGUUCUCAGUGAGGCUGACUUUCUUAGGAGAAAUUGAAGGUAGUCAUCAUGUUUACUAUUUCUAUUGUGUUCAUUGGUGGUAAUAAUUGUCAAUAUAAAUCCAAAUAAUAAAGAAUAAUUGCUGCCAGUGUAUGCAUGAUAUAUUGGUUGAUUAUGCUGUAAUACUCUAGCUCAUUACAAUUUGUCAUCAAUUCUAAUUUAUUUUUAGUCCACAUUAUUUAUAAGA